UACACAUCAUUCGCACAGUGUUAUUGAUGUUGUGUAUUCGUUGUUCAGCACUUGGUUAAAAUGUUCAGUUAAGAUAAAGCAAAAGAAAUGAUAUACACACAGGAAAAGUCUACUUUCACAAACGCUCAAAGAUUGUUUUAUGAGAAGAAUGGAUAUAUUCUGAUCAAAAAUAAUCUGAAUCCGGAAUUCUUGGACGAAAUACACCAACGAUUUAUCGAUAUAUGUGAAAAAAGAACUCCAGUUUACAGUGCGCAAGUUCUCAAAGAUCCAGUUUUGAAAAAGAAAGGAAUUUCCGGUCAAUACGGAGUCAAUAAGUUACAAGAUAUCCUCUACGAUGAUGUAUUAUGGAAGUAUGCAAGUUGCAAUGAAGUUGUGGAUGUAGUGGAGCAAAUAAUUGGUCCGAAUAUUACCGGCAUCCAUUCCAUGCUGAUCAAUAAACCUCCAGAUACCGAUCCUGAUAUUUCAAGGCACCCUUUACACCAGGAUCUUCACUACUUCCCCUGUCGUCCUGCGAACAGAAUUGUCGCUUCCUGGACCGCCAUGGAAAGAGUUGAUGAGAGAAACGGAUGCCUAUAUGUUAUUCCAGGGUCGCAUACAGGUCCACUUUACAAACACGAAUAUCCAGAGGGCUCCAAAAAUACACUCUACCAUGGGAUUCAAGGAAUGGAUCAUCUUCCCAGGGUAAAUGUUGUUAUGGAAAAGGGAGACUCAGUGUUUUUUCAUCCCUUAUUAUUGCACGGAUCGGGUCCUAACUUCACAAAGGGUUUCAGGAAGGCAAUCUCUUGUCAUUAUGCUGACUCAAAUUGUAGUUUAAUAAAUGUUUCCAAUACAACACAAGAAAAUCUCGCCAAAGAAGUUGAAGAUUUGGUAGAAAAAAGAGGAGGUUCACGAGUGAAUUUUGGGGAUAUUUUCAAAGCCAGAAGCAGAUUGGUGAGAGGGAAUCCAGGAGUCUUGCAACAAUUCGACAGUCAUCUUUAGGCAAGAAAGACCUGAAAAUAAUUG